AAUAAUAAAUAUGAGUUUUGGGUACUCAGAACAAAGACACCCCAAAGGCCAAAGCCAAAGAAAAUGAGUUCCUCUGACUCUUCUUCCGCGGAGUCCCGUCUAGCCACGGCUAAGACGGUUCUCACAACCGCGGCAUCGGUGGCUGCAACCGCAAUGCUAGCUAAAUCACUAGUCCAAGACUAUUUGCCUGACGAGGUGCACCAAUACAUCUCUUUUGGCUUCCGCAUUAUCUUUGGCUACUUCUCAUCUCAAAUGACAAUAGUCAUUGAAGAGUUUGAAGGGUUUGUCCACAACGAAGUCUACGAGGCCGCGGAGGCCUAUCUAGCCACCAAGAUCUCUCCUUCAAACAAAAGAAUCAAAGUGAGUAAACACGAGAAAGAAAACAACUACAACGUCACCGUGGAACGUGACGAGGAAGUUGUGGAUACCUUCAACGGCGUCAAGUUCCGGUGGGUUCUCCAUUGCCGCCAUGUUGAGUCCAAAAACUUCCACAACCCACGGGAUCUAAACUCCACACUCAAAUCUGAAGUCAGAUCAUUCGAGCUCAGCUUCCACAAGAAGUUCAAGGACAUGGCUCUUGAGUCUUACUUGCCAUUCAUGGUCAAAAGAGCUGCGGUGGUGAAGCAAGAAAAGAAAACACUCAAGAUCUUCACUCUUGACCCAGAUAACAUGUAUGGGAAUUACACAGAGGCUUGGACCUCUGUGAUUCUUGACCAUCCUUCUUCCUUCAAGACCAUAGCAAUGGAUUCAGAUAUGAAGAGAAACGUGAUGGACGAUCUUGACCAGUUUGUGAAGCGAAGGGACUUCUAUAAAAGGGUUGGUAAAGCUUGGAAGAGAGGUUACUUGUUGUACGGUCCACCAGGUACAGGGAAGUCAAGCUUGAUCGCAGCCAUGGCUAAUCAUCUCAACUUUGAUGUUUAUGACCUAGAGUUGACAGCGGUUAGCAACAACUCCGAGCUACGGAGAUUGCUGAUUGCUACGGCUAACCGCUCUAUUCUUGUUGUGGAAGAUAUCGACUGUUCUAUCGAGUUGAAAGAUAGGUCAGCUGAUGAACCUCCACGUGAGUCAGAAGAAAGUAAUGACCCACGUUACAAAAAGGUGACACUCUCUGGACUAUUAAAUUUUAUUGAUGGUCUAUGGUCAAGUUGUGGCGAUGAAAGGAUCAUAAUAUUCACGACCAAUUACAAAGAGAAACUGGAUGCAGCGUUGUUGAGGCCAGGACGCAUGGAUAUGCACAUUCACAUGUCGUACUGCACACCGAGUACUUUCAAAGUUCUUGCUUCAAACUAUUUAGAGAUCAAAGAACAUAAGCUUUUCAGUAAGAUCGGGGAAGGUAUUGAGGCAACCGAGGUUAGUCCUGCGGAGGUGGCGGAACAACUGAUGAAGAAUGACACUGUUGAUAAAGUUCUUGAAGGUUUAAUUGAGUUCUUGAAAGUGAAAAAGAUCCAAAACGAAGAAGAGAAAGCCAAGAAGGAAGAGAAAGAAUUGGAGAACAAGGACAAGACCACUAAGGGUAAAGAUUCGGAGGUUAAGAAAAACGAAGUGGUGGAUGAACAGGUUACGAGGAAUGAUCGUGUUGAUAAGGUUCUUGAGGGUUUGGUCGAGUUAUUGAAAGCCAAGAAGAUCGACGAUGGCCAAGAUGAGGUCAAACAUGAGGAAGCGAGUGACAUUAACUUGUGAGAUUUAGAAGAGUAUAAUUUAAAUGAUAUGAGUUUAUUGUUGAUUGUGUAUUUUGGAAUGAUGUAACACUACAAAUUAAUAAGCAAGAUGUGGAUCCAGAUAGACCACUUGAAGGA